CUCAGACAAGGCUGGGGGCGCCUGAGUCAUCAGGGCACUGCCUGAGGCAGAGGGCCCUAGUCGCUUUGCAAGAUACUUCCUGUUAUGGCUCCUUUCCUGGCAACAUCAUUCACUGCAAAAUUUCCUAGGACAGCGGAUGGGGUGGUUGGGAGGAAGAAAGGUGGGGAGUGACAGGGUUCAAAGAGGAGGGAAUGGAGUGACAUUCCAGGGUUACAUAAACGUUCAGAGGCUGCCAAAGAGUAAGGACAGAUAAGUUUGUGGAGUCUGGAAGCCGACUGAGAGCCGCUGUAAAGGAAAGAAGCCACAGCCCAUCCCAGAGCCAGGCGGAGAGGCAGAUGUUCUGAGGACCUAUCGACCAUGGUGUGCGUGCCCUAUCUGCUGCUGCUACUGCUGCCACUGCUGCGUGUGUCUGCGGCCACACCAGAGCCCUGCGAGCUGGACGAAGAAGAUUUCCUUUGCGUCUGCAACUUCACGGAUCCGCAGCCUGACUGGUCUAGCGCCUUGCAGUGUAUGGUUGCUGUCGAGGUGGAGAUCCGUGGCGGCGGCCGCAGCCUGGAACAGUUUCUAAAGAGCGCCGACGCCGACUUGAAGCAGUAUGCUGACACGAUCAAGGCUCUGCGCUGGCGGCGGCUCACGUUGGGAGCUGCCCAGGUUCCUGCUCGGCUUCUGGUCGCCCUUCUGCGGGCGCUCCGUUACUCCCGCCUCAAGGAACUGACGUUUGAGGACCUGGAGGUAACCGGCCCGAUGCCGCCGCCGCCUCUGGAAGCCACUGGGCCUGCGCUCUCCACCCUCAGUCUCCGUAACGUGUCGUGGGCAACAGGAGGUGCCUGGCUCGGCGAACUGCAGCAGUGGCUCAAGCCUGGUCUCAGGGUACUGAACAUCGCGCAAGCACACUCGCUUGCCUUUGCCUGCGCACAUCUCCCCACCUUCCAGGCCCUCACCAGCCUAGACCUGUCUGACAAUCCUGGACUCGGCGAGCGCGGGCUGAUUGCGGCUCUCUGUCCGCACAAGUUCCCGACCCUCCAGGGUCUAGCGCUACGCAACGCGGGGAUGGAGACGCUCAGCAGCGUGUGCGCUGCGCUGGCGGCGGCGAGUGUGCAACCCCACCGACUGGACCUCAGCCACAACUCGCUGCGCGCCACCGCCCCGGGCGCUACUUCAUGUGUCUGGCCCAGCGCACUGAGCUCUCUCAACUUGUCGUUCGCGGGGCUGGAGCAAGUGCCUAAAGGCCUGCCGCCCAAGCUCAGCGUGCUUGAUCUCAGUUGCAACAGGCUAAGCAGGGCGCCGCGGCCAGACGAGCUGCCCGAGGUAAAUAACCUGACACUGGACGGGAAUCCCUUUCUAGACCCUGGAGCCCUCAACCACCAAGAAGACCAGAAGAGCUCCGGUGUGGUACCAGUCUGUGCACGUUCCGCCUUGACCAUGGGGGUGUCAGGAGCCCUGGCACUGCUUCAGGGAGCCGGGGCCUUUGCCUAAGGCCCAGGGGAGAGGGGGGAGAGGAAUUAAUUGGCUCAGAUUGCCCUGGCUCUGGGAGAGCCUCGUCAGGACAUCUCAACCAACCAUCCCUCUGCCCCAUCUUCAUUAAAAUCUUAAACAGCGGGUCCGUGUCAUUCACUCAACAGACGUUUACUGGGCACAUUGCUGGAUAGCGAAUCCAUUAUACUUAAACUUUCUUCAUCCUAACUCCCUAGAAACCAUACCUGCCCUUACUUAGAAAAGAACUACAGGGGCAGAAAGGGCAGGGAAAAGUCACCUGUCUAGGGCUGUGUGGGAGAACCAAGGGUUUCUGCCCAAUGCAGGCUUCCUGAACAGAUUACUGGCACCUGUUAAAGGAUGUUUGAAUGGUAAACAUGCCUAGGAGGAUACAGAAUGUUUCCUCUCUGGUGCAUUUUCCAAGAGUCAGCUUCUCCCUUUCCAAGGUAAUAAAACCCAGAGCCAUUUGCUUAUUCUCACUCUCUUUUUUUUCUCCAACCCCCAGUGAGGAGAGACAGCUAUGCCACUUGUUCUACAUAAGCUCUGAGUUUUAUAAUUUCAGGCUUCCUCUCCUGUAGUGUACAGCCCCUCUGCACACACAGGUACACUGGCUUUCACUGUGUCAUGUAAUGGAGAGUUUGGG